UUCCAAUCUACUUUCCUUCCUUUGCCACAAUAAUGGUCCGAAAAGGCUCCCCAAAAUAAUAGCCUCUUCUCAGUCCAUUUAACAAAGCCACCCAAAUUUCCAAUUUUACCCCCUUCCUUCGCUGCUUCCAUGAUCCUUCUCAUCAUCAUCGCAAAAAGCUUUGAAAAGUUCCUGAAUUUCUCAGAUACUCUCCCUUGGGGGGAAUAGGGAUCUUCCUUUGAAACCCUACUGGCAGUGGGUUCUUCACUUCUUCAGUUUUUCUUGUUUGUUCCUCUUUUUUGGAUUGUAUUUUUGCUUUUUUUUGGCUACCAAUCCUAUACAAAAUUUCCCUUUUCCUUUCAAAUUUUGAAACUUUGAACUUUUUUGAAACGUUUUGUUGAUGGGUGCUUGUUGGAGCAACCGGAUUAAGGCUAUUAAUCCUUCCAACACAGGGUUCACUUCUAGAAGUGUCAGCAGGAAUGGACAUGACAUCAGUUCAAGUAGCAGGAACUCCUCUGCCUCCAUAACUGUCCCUCCUCGAAGUGAGGGUGAGAUAUUACAGUCAUCUAAUUUGAAAAACUUUAGCUACAAUGAACUAAGAGCCGCCACAAAGAAUUUCCGGCCGGAUAGUGUCUUAGGCGAGGGAGGGUUUGGUUCAGUUUUUAAGGGAUGGAUUGAUGAGCAUUCACUGGCUGCUACAAAACCAGGCAUAGGAAUGAUUGUUGCCGUGAAGAGGCUUAACCUAGAUGGGCUCCAGGGUCACAAGGAAUGGUUGGCUGAAAUCAACUAUCUGGGGCAACUUCAGCAUCCUAAUCUUGUCAAGUUGAUAGGAUACUGCUUGGAGGAUGACCACCGGCUUCUGGUUUAUGAAUUUAUGCCUAAGGGUAGCGUCGAGAAUCAUCUGUUCAGAAGAGGUUCCUAUUUCCAGCCAUUCUCUUGGAAUUUGCGAAUGAAAAUCGCUCUUGGGGCUGCACGAGGUCUUGCUUUUCUGCAUAGUCCAGAAGUUCAAGUCAUAUACCGCGACUUUAAGACUGCAAACAUCCUCCUUGAUACUAAUUACAAUGCGAAACUUUCUGAUUUCGGGUUGGCCAGAGAUGGUCCAACAGGUGAUAGAAGCCAUGUCUCUACUCGGGUCAUGGGAACACGGGGAUAUGCGGCGCCCGAGUAUCUAGCAACAGGUCACCUCACCUCUAAGAGUGAUGUGUAUAGUUUUGGAGUAGUUCUUCUCGAAAUGAUAUCAGGGAGAAAAGCAAUAGACAAGAACCAACCAACUGGAGAGCACAACUUAGUUGAAUGGGCCAAGCCUUAUCUGUCGAAUAAACGCAGAGUUUUUCGUGUAAUGGAUCCUCGUCUUGAAGGCCAAUAUUCCCAGAGUCGAGCACAGGCAGCAGCCGCCCUUGCAAUGCAAUGUCUUGCGGUUGAGCCUAAGGCCAGGCCGAAUAUGGACGAAGUGGUAAAAGCAUUGGAGCAGCUUCAGGAAUCAAAAGACUCGCACAAAAGAAGCACUAAUCCGAAAGAGCAUCACACGCGUGGUUCCAGCCAUCUCAAUGGCCGUCAUGCUCCUGGCAAAGGCAGUGCAGAUGCUCCCAAAAUGGCCUCGGCUUAUCCACGGCCCUCAGUUUCUCUUCUUCAGUGAUGAAAGAGUUGUCAUUUGGCGAGAACCAAGCAGAGGUGCUAAGGACCAUAUUUAUGUAAGCAAUGGAAUGUAUAGUUUCUGUUAGACUGUUAGUCAUAUGUUGUAUUUUGAGUUACAUUAGAGUUUUGUUUUUCUGAGUCAUUGUUAGGCAUAUACGAGUCCCAUGUGAUAUGGGAAUUAUGAAUGAUGAAUCUCUAAGGUGUUCAUUCCUUUUGGACCCUUGUACAAAACAGUAAUGUUACUUUGAUUCUUCAUUAGAGUUGGGAAAAUCAGACAUGGUUUCAUUUGUAACUUA